UUACGUCACUGAGGUUAACCAAUCAGGGACACAAACAUCAGGUAAACACGGAAGACUUUAACACUGAUAAUAAAGUUGAAGAAAAACCCACACCUCCUGCAAACAAAUGUAGACUGAACGUUGUUUUCGUUUAUUUUAAUUAAAAAUAGGAGAAUCCGAUUAUUUUGUUGGACAGAAAUGGGUUGCUCAUGGAUUGGCGUCGCAGUUUCGCUUUGUUUUGCAGUUUUCUCCGUAGCUGUCGCCGUUAGCGGGCAAACGCUGGCCAUGCCGCCCCCUCUACCCACUGCCGUCGGUGUCCUUUCUUUGGCCGGGAUGGCGCUGCUUUGGAGGGACAUUAGCUCGAAGGUGAAGGGUGAUAAGCGGACUUUGGGCAGUCUGUUGAGCCAAUAUGUGGCUGUGAAGGCAGUGGGCUGGCUUGGCAGGCGCCAGCGAAAGAAACUAGAAGCCGAUACGCUCAAGGUGAAGCAGGUCCAGGAGGAGACUCUGCUGAAGAGACUCCGGAAAAACGCGGACACUUUCUAUGGAAGAAAGUAUGACUUCCGCUCUAUUGAAGACGCUGCUGGUUUCCGAGCCCGUCACCCCAUCACCACGUAUGGCGACUACCGGGAGUUUAUCGAACGCGUUGCAGCUGGAGAAGAGAAAGUAAUAAUUGCUGAGAAGCCGCUGAUUCUGGCCAUGACCUCGGGGACGUCGGGACCGAGUGCCAUGUUGCUCAGCACCAAGGACACAAACACAGACUUCUUCCUGCAGGGGGUGACUGUUUGCUUAGAAGCCAUGCGGCAGGCUUUCCCUGAGUCCGACAGCCUUCAGCGCACCACCAAAUUCUUCUACACUCCCACAUUUCGCCAAUCAGAGGCAGGAAUUCCUAUCGGACCGAAUUCCUCCACACCUGCCUCGUCCCGCCACAUCCUCAACCUCUAUACGACUCCAGCUCCUGCCUUUGAGGUUCCCAGUGAAAAGGACACUUUAUACCUGCACCUACUGUUUGCACUGAAAGAUCCCAGUGUGGGAACGUUGGAGUCCAACUUUGCUUCUACGGUCUUCUAUGCUUUCACUGCUCUUCAGGAGCGCUGGCAGGAGCUGGUGGAGGACGUGGAGCGAGGGACGAUCAGCAGCUCCUUGACCCUGGAGCCCAAAGUGAGGAGCAGACUGGAGGCUCUAAUGAAGCCAGAUGCAGAGAGGGCUGCCCAGCUGCGGGCCCACUUCCAUGAGGGCUUUGGGGGGAUUGCCAAGCGCCUGUGGCCUCACCUGAACCUGGUGCUGGCAGUGGACUCUGGCUCCAAUCAGAUCUACGGGGAAAUGUUGAGGGAGCAUUACUGCAGAGGAGUGCCUUUCUAUUCACCCUUCUACGCCGCUACGGAGGGUCUGAUUGGGGUGAACCUGUGGCCUCAGGAGCCGGACAGACGCUACCUGCUUUGUCCGCGCUCCAUGUUCUGCGAGUUCCUGCCGGAAAGCAGCCUGGAUGAAGAAACCCCCCAAACUCUGCUGAUGGAGGAGGUGAAGGAAGGAGAAAGCUACGAACUCGUCAUCACCAACGCUUCAGGCCUUUUCAGAUAUCGUAUCGGAGACAUUGUGAAAGUCACUGGAUUUCAUAACCAGUGUCCCAUUGUGGAGUUUCAGUACAGACGAGGUCAGAUGCUCAACGUUCGAGGAGAGAAAGUCUCUGAGGCGUUGUUCCUCGGCGCGUUGAAGAACGCCGUCGCUCAGUGGCCCGGAGCUCAGCUAGUCGACUACUCUUGUGCCGAGAGCGGCAUCUUGGGCGAUUCAAUAGGAGGCUCAGAUCCUCAUUACCAAGUGUUUAUAGAGCUAAAAGGAGUGAGGAAUCUAACAGAAGAACAGAGAUAUAAGCUGGACAUUUGUCUCCAGAAGGACUCCGCGGUGUAUAAGUCCUUUCGUAUAAAAGGCAGCAUCGGGUCGAUGAGGGUGCAGCUGGUGUCAGAAGGGGCGUUUAAGGAGCUUCAGAGGAAGAUGAUGGCGUACACGAGCACCUCGGCCAACACUUUCAAAAUGCAUCGUGUGCUCCGACGGAAAGAGUACGCAGAGUUCCUGCUGGGAAAAACAGUUUCCUGAAGAUGAGACAUGAAUCGCGAACUGAAAGGAAGUGAAGUAAUAAGAUUUAAAAAGUGCCUUUGGGAGGAUUUGAACACAAAAAUUACAACAGUUUAUUUAUAUUUUAUGACAAUGAUGUAUUUAAUGUUUUUUAUUCUAUCAUGACAAACAGAUUCAGUUUAUUCAUUUGUUGAGAUUUUUUUUAAGAACAUUUGCUAUUAUUCAGUAAAUACUGUAUCAAUCAUUACAUAGUUCACAUUUUUAUUUCCUAAAGAAAAAUACUGACAACCACUGGAUUGGUUAAUCACAUAAAAUCUCAGUAAAAUACAGUUUGUGGCUGUAAUGAGAGAAAAUGUGAGAAAUUUGAAGGGGUAUUAAUAGUUUUGCAAGUUUUUCAUUAAUAUGGUUUCCAACUAGAAAGUCGGUCAUAUGCAGCAUCUGAGUUUACAUAUGAACAUUAAAUUAUUUAUUUAAGUUCUUACAGAAACAUUUAAAGCUUAAAGGUGACACAACAGAUUACACCAGAAACCUUUUACCACGAGGGCCAAAAUCGCUAAUUUGUAAGUACUUUUAGACCACAAAAAGUAUUUUAUAUCAAAUGUUUUAUGACUUACAAAAAAGUUUACCCACUUAUUAAUAAUCAAAAUUUAAAUAAUUGUAGAUAUAAAAGGUUUUGCACAAUUAGGGUGUCAUAAGACAGGCGUAACGUUUCAAACAUUUUUGAUUAUUUUCUUUUUUUGAGUAAAAGUAGGUUGAUGCUUGUGGUUCUAGUUAAAGUUAAGACAAUUACAGAAACAUUAAUAAAUGAGAAUCUGGUUGUUGGUUGUUGUUUUUUUCCCUUUUAAUAAAAAUGCCUACAUUGAGGCGUGGGGCCAAACAAACUCCUUCAGAGGGUCACAAAUGGCCCCCGGACCACACUUUGGACACCUCUGGAUUACACCAUAAUCUCCUUGUUCAAUCAAAAACUGUAAAAAGAAUAAUACUGGGAACAUGUUAGCACUGGAUUUUAAACUGUUUCUGCAGUUUAAGUGAUUCUACUGUAAGUAAAGGAUGUUUCUAAAAUAGAUAACCAGUUCAAAAUGUUUUUCCGUCCUCAUUAAAGUCUGGCUAUAAUAACAUAUAACUCAUAAUCUAAUUGAUAUGCUACUGAUACAUCAAGCAAACCCAAUUUAUCUGACAGUUUUUAUUUUUUUGGUGUCGUAAGCAGCUGCUUGGCUCUCUUAUUCCUUGACUCCAGAGAUUAUAAAUAAUUUCAGUAAACUCCUUCUUUGCCUUUCAGUGCUCUUUGCCACCACUGGGAGGUGCUAGUCAAACAUGACCUACUGUGGUUUAUUUUAGUUGAACAAUUUGCAAGAAUUUGAAUAUAAAAAUAGUCUGAAACGACUUCAGCUAAUUAAAUCCGGUGUCAGUGUGAACUGAAAAUCAUAACACAUGCAGGCGAGAUUUAAUGUGGAAAAACAGGAGCCCUUCAUCCCAUUUAUAAUUAAUUUAAUCAAAUUAAAUGUCAACAGGAGGACUUACCUGAAACGGUAACAGGACUUACCUGAAACGGUUCUCUUUGUUUUGUUUCUUUUGUUCUGUGGUGUGCAUGAAAAGUGUUUCUCCAGCAAGAGUUCAUAAACUGGGCUAAUAUUUUUAGUCGUGUCCCAUUUCAGCUGAGAUUUGACAUUGUUCUCAGUUUAUUUUUGCUUCAGUGAUAACCCCUCACACUGUCUGCAUGUCAGUUAAUCCCCUUAAAGAGCUAAAAGAUUGUUCUCAUUGGUCAGUACUUGACAAAUUCUCUAGAAAAACAUUGUCAAGAUACCAAAUGUAUUAUUUGUGUUGGCAGAAAACAGCUAAUUGACUGCUACAGUACAGUAUUUUCCACAAUUUCUCAGCUUAUUUUGGUUUGUCUCUUGUUGGAAGGUGUGAGUGUCUCAGUUUCCUGGCAGAUUUGCAGCCUUAGAAACAUUUCGACCAUGUGUGCAAACAUCUGCUCGCUCGCUAGUUAAUUCAGUGUAAGCAGCCAAGAUGUGAGAAUGACAGGCCUGAUUCCUCAAUGGUCUGCUGCUGAGGGAAGGAGGGCUGGUUUAAAUGAGAGAAGGGAAAUUGCAUGCCGAGUGACUUAAAGAGCUUCUAUAUCCUCCAAUUAAAGUCAGGAUUAGUGCCAUCGAUUUUCAUUGACGGAUCUUAACAAAGAUCCGAUUAACCGUCAAAUCGAUUACGAUUUAUUAGUUAUUAUUAAUCACGCCGAGAUGCAUUAAGUAAAACCAUGCAA